UGUGAUUCAUAUCAUCUGUUAUAUAUAGAAAGCAAAACAAUGUAUGAUGCUGACGUGGCAAAAAGUUCUUAGACUUUUAUAAAAUGUUUAUACUUCAGAGAUUCCUUAUCAUGUGUUAGCAAAGCAUGCAGCUUCAUGGCUCUACAAUAUGUCUGCUGGUUGUUUGUUUUGUGAUAAAUAUAGAUGCAAACCUUAUCAUAACUUCAGUAGGAUUAAAACGACUGUCCAAAUGUUCAAAUCUCUACAUUUAUUUCAAUAAAACUUGUGCAAAUGAUAGCAAGCUGUCCAUAAGAACCGACACUAUACGAGGAGAAAAAUGCUCAACCAGAAAUGCAACAUUGUGCACUGGGUAUUGCGCAUACAGACAAUAUUAUGUUGGAAGUGACUUUAACUUUGUCGUAAAAGAGAGACUGAAAAAUGGAACCAGACUUUUGUCUCCAUCCUUCAAAUAUAAAGUUCUGCACGAUCCAGCAAAAGUGAUAGUUGAUCAAAUUGGAAAAACAUAUGUAACUCUUAAAUGGAAGAGUACAUGGAAUGGAAACUGUCAAUAUGGUACUACAUUUUAUGACUUCAAAGAGAAUUGCACAUCAUCUGACCAUGUAUGUGGUUUAACAAGCCCCUUUAACAUGCAACAAGCUGGUUGUAAUAAACUGGAUGAUUUGUCACUGAGUAAUGUGUAUUUAUGCAGUCGAGAGAUUAGUAAUUUAAAACCUUACCACACAUACACCUACAGUGUGAAGUUUCGAACUCGAGAUGAACCAGGUAGAAUUGGAACAUCCCAGUAUUGGACAAAAUGGUCAGAAAAGAUAACUUUUACAACGAAAAGUGAAGAACCAAAAGUGCAACCACUGAUAAAUUGUGAGGCAAAAAAAGAUGGUGUAUUUGUUUCUUGGCAGAAACCCAGUAUGUCUGAGAAAAGGGGCAAUAUCACACACUUCGUGUUACACAUUGGUCAAGGAGAUAAAAAAAAAAUAAAUGCCAAAUCAAAUACAAACGGAUACAGCAGGGUGAUUAGCAGCGAUGAAAAGUUAACAAUUAGUAUUCGUGCCUGUUCAAACACUGGUUGUACAUCUCUUUCUAAAAACAGUACUUGCAUUCAAGGACCACUUUCAGAUGAAAUGAAACCAAUCUAUGUUAUUGCAAUUAGUGUCAUGGCAAUCCUAACCAUGAUUGGUGUUUUUCUUGUCAUAUGGAAAAAGUGUAAUUGCUGUGAAGAGGAUGUGGAUCAAGAAGAUGAAGUGAUUCAACCAAGGUCACACACAUCAUCGAUACAGAAUCUGGCAGAAUGUUUAAACCAUGAUUUCCCGACAAGCGAAUUAUAAAGUGUAGCAUUACUUAAAAGCAUACAGGACUGAAAAAGGUUUUACACUUUCAGAAAAAAGAAGGCAAUUUUCCAUAAAGUACUGUAUAUUUCCAAGCUAAAGCAACAUUGUUGACAAAGUAAAAACUGGUUUAAACUUUUAACCAAUUUGUUUCAAAAGUUACUUAAAGAGACACUACAAGUUGAAUGUCCUCUUGGUACAUUGGCUAGGUACAAUAAAAAAUUAUUAGCUUACGUAUGGAAGAUAGAAUGAAAAUUUCUUGACACAAGUGACCCAGAAGUGAAAGCGAAUUCAUAAACUGUUGGUAAAAUCUAUUCUAAAUUUACUAAAUGAAAAAUUACUGAUAAAGAAUGGAAAGUUUUUUUCCAGUUCAUUUCAAGGAAAUUCUAAACAGAUAUAUGUAAUCACAUUUGUUAACUGUCACAUAAAGAACUUGCAUUAACAUUAACCAGAUUUUGUUACACAUGCUCACACUUAAAGCCGAAACGAAAUAAAUACAAACCUAAGCAUGAUUAGUGAAAAGGCGGCCUGAAUUUCGUAUGUAACACGCACUCACAACUUGUCAACGUUUACAGCCGUUGUAUGAUGUUAUGUUAUUGUUAGAUCCAAAAUCUUAAGCAGUACUGAUUUUAACUGGCAUAGUAAUGAUGAAUUUGUGGAAAAGGUUGUUUACUUAUCAGCUGCAGAGUAUUGACAAAGUAAUACUCUUUUGCGAUUUAAACUGUCACGUUGUUUAAUAGUUUAUUUAUUUUAAAGAAUUGAGAAGAAAUUAUUUUCAGAUUAGUCUGUUUUUUUGGUUUGUUUUUUGAAAAGAAUGACAUGAAUCAAAUUGUUGACUGUUAUUCCUAUCAAAAAUGGGUAUAAUAAUACUGGCUAAAUGGGUUUUGAAACAGUUAACAAGUUGUAAAUUGAUUGCACAAAAAAUUUAAAAGUUAUAUUUUCAUACUGAUUGAAUCUUGUAAAACUUUUUUUAAAUUUUUCUUGUAUAUUAUAUUUAACUAUUUUUGUAUACUGUCACUUUUAAUGUUUUCGGGCUUGCUAAUUAGAACAUCUUUUUUUUCUGCUGUUUGUAUAUUACUUCUAUAUUAUAUAAUUUGUAUGUAGUUUUUUUUACAAUUUAAUUGAAACAUUUAUUAUAUUUUAAUGAAUCGAAAACAAUUUUUACUAUUUUUUAAUGGAAAAAGAUUACCCCCUUUUUUAUUGCUUAUUAAAUUGUUGAGUGUCAAUAAAUUUGUGCCAUAGUUGUUUCCUUAUAUGAAAGUGAACUAUUUUUAUAAGCAAACAUAAUCGCAGUUCAAUUAUUCAUUUUUUUGCGUAUAGGGCCUGUACUCUUCACUCCAGAAAACAUUAGGACUAACUUUACGAGGUUGUAUACCUUAAGGGUUAUAUUAUAGUACAUUGCAGAUUUUGCGAUUUUAUAUUAAAUUCAAAAAAAUUAUCAUAAAUGAAAGCACAUAAUCCUAUAUAUUAAUAACUUCAUUUGCUUUUGAACAUUGAACAUAGAACUUCAUAAAUCCUGAUUGAAAUAGAUAUUUUAGUUUUUGACUAACGGCUUAUGAAAUAUGUUAGCCAAAAUACAUUCUCAUAUUUUUCUCAGCACUGUGCGAUAUUACUUGCUACUUAUAAGAGAGUAGAAAAUUCCUGUCAAACCAAAAGGGAUCUUUAUAAACCUAUUUAAUCGAGAAAAAUCUGUCUUAGUCAUUGUGUGUAGAAACACUGUUAUACCAUUUAUUUGUGAUAUUAAAACUAAUGCUUAUUUUCUUUUGUAUAAAAAACCUGGGCUCCAGGCCCAAAUUUUCAAAUCUUUUACCACAAUUUACCUAGUUUUGAGAGGUUCAAUAAUAUUUAAUUGAAAAAUCAGUAUGUCUGUCAAAAUAGGACAAAAUUCAAAUUACCAUUUUUUACUUUAGUUUGAAGCAAGUUUUAAACUAAAGCUGCUUUUGACUGCUAAGCCAAUGAGACUCCCCUUUUUUCAUACCUUCAUUUCUUAUACCUAUAGCACCAAAUGUUGUGUCUGUUAGUUUUCUAAAUUUUAAGUAUGAUUAUGUUUUAUAGAAUAAAUGUCUGAUCUGAAAGAUCAACAACAGACUAAUAAUACAUUAUUGUAAUCAAGGUGUUUUAACAUAGUGGAACCAAGCUUUGUCUAUUCUCUUGAUAUUGAAAUUGCUAAUAAAUAAUUUAUGAACUUUUGUAAAAUUUUCUUAAUUUAUAUUUACUUUAGCUAUUAUAAUUAUAUUAUAUUUUUAUUGUUUCUGUUUGACGGCUUGCUAUCUGAAUAAUUGAAAGUAAAAUCACAAUUUUCGAUUAUGUAUUUCUUUCCGCUGUUUUUUGUCAACAAAUAAACAUUAAAGGAUCAUGAUUUGUUUCUUUAAAACCAAAAGUAAAAGUGAUUUAUAUAAAUCUAAUAAAUUGGAUGCCACAUUUCAGGCAAAAGGGAAAGGUUUUCAAUUAUAGUUGAAUGUUCUGGUUGCACUUGUACUUUAUUUCAAACUGAUGAUUUUUUAAGACUAAUAAUUAUAACAAACAUAAAAUAAAUAAAUAAA